AUGGAGUCGCUGGCUCCCAGGUCAACUGGAAUCGGCUCCUGGGACACGCCGCUGCGCCGGACCCUUGCCACAUCUUCUCUGGGUGAACCAAGUCGUCCGGAGAAACUUCAACAGUUCGAGGAGAUGCCUGUCUUGGGAUUAGCACUGUCGACGGCGGCGAGCGCUUACUGCCGCCCCUCAGUUUCUGAUCUGGGGUACCUCAUGCCAGAUCCACUGGUAGACGCCGCAGGAAAGCGUCCCAGCUCUAGUGUCAACACACGUCCGAGGACCGACAGCGCAUCCGUCAUUGGAGGUUUCGCCGACGGACCAGCGGCGACCUGCGGCGUUGCCUCGGAGAUCUCGGCGCGCCGAGCGGAUUCCGGGUCGCGGGGAGGGGACGAUACGUUUAUGGUUGCGAUAGGAGACACUCGUCUCCGUAUGGGCCGCCCCGACAACCCUGGACGUAUCACCGCGGCGCCUAUCGUUGGGCUAGCCAAAGAGCAAGGGAGCCACCCUGGAGUCGGUCAGGUCCAGGAGCGAACCAGGAAACGACCAGGAGCCGGGCACGAUCCGGUCGUGGAGCACCGCAGACGCCGCGCCGACCAAAAUAGAACCUUCAAGAUCGGAUCGCUUAUCGUUCUCAAGCUUGGGGAAAUGGGUUGUUCACCGUAUCUUGACCUAUCCAUGCCCGACGAGAUGUCUUCACAGCUUGUUCCCAAGAUCCAGCAAGGAUGUGCAGAUAUCCGCAUCGCCGCAUAUUGGACUUCGUCGAAAGGUGAAGGGAGUCGGCCUCGCCCGACACAAUUGCCCGCACAGACGUCACUUGCCCCAUCGAGGAAAGAAGGCAGCACAGCAUCCAAGACCCACAACACCUGGGUCCACCUGGUGGAUGGCCUGAGCGAAGGAACCAACUUAGCACUCGGUCACUCGGUCACACGAACAGCGGACUGCGGCAGUGCCGAGCGCAUCAAGGGGGCCGCCAGCAGGACUGCGUGCUUCUUGAACGCCGCCGAUCAAGUCACGCGUCCACUGAGGCCGGUAUCGCGGCGCUCACCACUGAUACGCGAGCGCCCCCACGCACCCCCACUCUGUUUCCAGCGUUCCAGCGUCUGGCAUCACAAGGCAGCCUAUGAGGAUGCGACACGAGCAGAUGCCGAAGUGGAUCCCCACGGAGACCACAUUCACAACAUCGUAAACGACACCCCUGUGCUCCACCCUCCUUGCUCCGCGCGAGAUUGGCGCAUGCGUAUCGAGCACUUUCGGCCAGAUUGCCUCCGGACUCUGGACUGGACCAGACAGCUCGGGACUUUCCCAGCUAUCGUAUAG